UUGAAUGCUGUAAAUUAGCUCUGAAGGAAUGGACAACUCCAACAAAAAACCCCACACAAGUCUUCUGAGAAGCCAGCAAGGGAACUAGAAAAACCAGCUUGACUUGCAAAAUCUCACCUGACCCAUGACCGACUCUCUGCUAAUGCAACACUAAUUUAAGACACCUUUGUACAUCAGAUCCAAGGAUGUUUGUGUUGCUUUACAUUACAAGUUUUGCCAUCUAUACAAGCGAACAACCUCUUCAAAGCCAGUUCAAAGGAGAAAAUUACUACACCAGAUAUAUCUGUAGCAUCCCUGGUUUGCCAGGCCCUGCGGGUCCCCCUGGAGCCGGUGGAUCCCCAGGGCCACACGGACGCAUUGGUCUUCCAGGAAGAGAUGGUAGAGAUGGCAGGAAGGGAGAAAAAGGUGAAAAGGGGAGCGCAGGUUUAAGAGGAAAGACUGGGCCAUUAGGACCAGCUGGAGAGAAAGGAGACCAAGGUCAGUCUGGUAAAAAAGGACCUGGAGGAUUGACUGGUGCCAAAGGUGAAGUAGGUCCAGCUGGACCACCUGGACCUAAGGGAGAUAAAGGAGACCGAGGAGAGCCAGGUGCACCAGGGGUCUGUAAGUGUGGAAAGAUAGUGCUGAAAUCUGCCUUUUCUGUUGGCAUCACCACCAGCUACCCAGAGGAAAGAUUACCAAUUGUAUUCAAUAAAGUCCUCUUCAACGAGGGGGACCAUUACAACCCUUCCACAGGGAAGUUUAUUUGUGCCAUCCCAGGGAUUUAUUAUUUUUCUUAUGAUAUCACCUUAGCAAACAAACAUCUUGCAAUUGGGCUGGUUCACAAUGGGAAGUACCGGAUAAAGACAUUUGAUGCGAACACAGGCAACCACGAUGUAGCUUCUGGAUCCACAGUGAUCUACCUUCAGCCAGAAGACGAAGUAUGGCUUGAGAUCUUCUACACUGACCAAAAUGGUCUCUUUUCUGAUCCAACAUGGGCAGACAGUUUGUUUUCUGGAUUUCUCUUAUACGUUGAUACAGAUUACCUUGAUGCUUUAUCGGAUGAUGAGCUCUGAAGCAGAUGAUGUCAAAUGACAUUCAAACUGGACACCCCAGCACAGGAUAGUAUCUAGCUGUGUGGGGGACACAAAGGUGAAAAACAGAUAAUCUGGGAGUUUAUUUUUGCUUUGACAGGAACCAAAUCUGAGCUCAUAAAGAUCAUUCUAGAAUCUGAGCUGGAUUUUUUACCGAACAGCAAGGAUAUCAAAAGGAAC